AUGGUUGGUCCCCAUCAACAUGUGACGCCCCUGCGAUUGGCUCAAGCAGCCAUUUUCAAUGGAAAAGGAUUUGAGGAUGCUGCAGGGUAUGCCCGAUACCUUCUCAAAUUCCAAGAUUGCCCAUUAUCCCCCUCAAUCACUCUUGAUCCUUCCCGGUUCAACAAGCAAGAGGGGGAAGCUAGCAACAGCAGGAAUCAGAUGCUAGAAGAUGAAGAUGCCAUCUCUGAUUAUGUCGCAUCACCAGAAUAUGCAUUCUAG